AUAUGAGCGUGAUAUUAAACGAGCUAGUUCGAUUAUACUAGCAGGUAGCGAUAAAUGCUGAUUGUAUUUCUCAAAAAUGAAGUGUUUGUAUCUUAUGUGCCUUUACUUUCUUAUUCAAAUUCAGCUGGGAUCUCUAGCAGAUGAUGAGGUAAUGAUGGCGGAAUGUCGAGCAAUACACAUUGAUGGUAUCUUUUGCGAUAUAGAAAAUGAAAUGUUAUACUACAUUGACACUUUUGCUGCAACAGUUUAUAAGCAGUACGACUGGCAUACCAUAAUAAAAAAGUAUAAGUUAGAAGGUCGUAAUUCUGCUGCUGUGAUAAUUCCAUUUAGGAAGAAUAACGAUGAGUUAAUAGUAGCAGCAGACAGAUACUUGUAUAAAUUGACCUGGCCUAACCUACGUGUUCCAAAUUUCAACAGAGUUACCGGUAAUGGUAGUAUAGAACUAUUGAUGAAGGUUGAUGAUCUAGAACCUACGGAGCAAUUUAAUUAUGGUAAAGUUGACAGCAAGGGAAGACUGUGGUUGGGAACCAUAAAGAGAAACAAAGACCUCUCAUUGGCUUCAGAAAAUAGUAACUUUUACGUAUUUGAUGGGAAUGAUCUAGGGAAUUUUAGGAAAAUAGCGACGAACGUCACAAAUGGUAUGACAUGGUCCAACGACGGCAAGCGGCUAUAUACUUCCGUUUCAUCGCAAAGACUGGUAUUUUGUUAUGAUUUUGAAGAAAAAACUGGAAGCAUCGAUGAUCAAAGGAUUGUGUUCGACAUGAGAAACCAUCCCAAGUUGACUGGUACACCUUAUGGAAUGACAACUGAUUCCUCUGAUAAUCUGUGGAUCGCCCUCUACGAAGGACAUCGCGUCAUCAAUGUCAACCCUAGAACGUCAAAAGUCAUUAAAGUAAUCGAAAUGUUUGCGACUUACUUAACCUCUGUUUGUUUAGGAGGUUUUCGUGGGAACCUGCUUUACGUGGGUACUUCCAAACGUUUUCUAAAUGCAUCCAUCUUACGACCUGACGAUCGAGAUCUUUUAGGUUGUGUGCUUGCUGUUUAUGUAAAACCUGCAGCAAAACAAUCAGAUAAAAAAUUUAAUGGUACAUAAUAUAUUGUUAACACAAA